AUGGUGAAAUCUGAAGAAAAAGAAAAAGAAAAAGAAGUUGGAUUGAAAAAAGGAACAUGGACAGAAGAAGAAGACGAAGUUCUAGCUGAUUACAUCCGCAAGCAUGGGGAGGAGUCCAGUUGGAACACGGUUGAGAAGGAAUCUGGACUCAACCGGUGCGCUAAAUCAUGCAGGUUAAGGUGGGUAAACCAUUUAAGACCCGAAUUGAAGAAAGGUCCGUUAACCGCCAAUGAAAUAGAGACGAUCGUUCGUCUUCAUGCUAGGAUCGGAAAUAAAUGGUCCCGCAUAGCAGAAAAGGUUCCUGGAAGAACAGAUAACGAUAUUAAGAACUUUUGGAACACUCGAAUCAAAAGUUGUGAGCGUCGUGGCCUACCACUUUAUCCGCCUGAGGUAGUUCAAGAAUUAUUAAAUGAAGAGAAGAACCAAAUGAAUAUGGUACCUACUACUGUCAACUUCAACAACAAUUAUCCUUAUCCUAGUAGUAGGAUCAAAUUCAACAACUAUGACAACUUCAGCAGCAGCAGCAGCAGCCCUUCUUCACUUCUUCUUAACUUUCCUCCUGCAUUAUCUUCUUCUUCUUCUUAUUAUCCUAGGCCUCCUCCUCAUGUUGCUUCUUCUUCUUCAAAUCAUCAAUCACUUCAAUUAAUUCAGCCUCCUCCUAUUGAUCCUAAUGCUUUCUCUUCAUUUCGACCAUCGCCAAAGCUGAUGAUUGACGGUUUUGGAAACAAUACUAGUACUAAUCAUCAUCUUCCUUCCUAUUCUUACCAUGCUUUCCAGCAGGUAGCUCAGAAUUCAGGCCUCCAAUCAUUCCAAUUACCGCCGCCUAGUAGUACUGUUGCUGCUGCUCAUAAUAUGUUCUCUUCAUUUCAACAUCUACCUAAUCUCAAUGAUAUUCAUCAUAACUCAUUAUACUUCCAUUCAUUCCAAUUUGCGCCUCCUUCAUCUUCUUAUGCUGCUGCUGCUACUACUCGGGUGCCUCAUAAUUCAUUUCAAUUUGGGCCACAUCAUAAUCUUCCUUCAUCUUCUAAUGCUGAUGCUGCUGCUGCUGAUGCUUUUCCAGUGGAUCGUAAUCAUCCAGACCUCCUCCCUUCAUUCCAGUAUAAGCCUCCUAGUCCUAUUGUUGACGACAAUAGUUUCUCUUCAUUACAGCAACCACUUGAUCAGAUUAUUGAAAAUAUUGAUCAUGGUCUUACUUCCUCUUCUAAUGAUCCUUUUGAGAUGGCUCCUAUUGUUGACAAUACUUUGUCUUCAUUAAAUCAACCACUUCAUCAAAAUUUGCCAUCAUCAUCUUCUCAGAAUUAUUUUCCAGAGCUCCCUUCAAUCCAACCUCAAGAUCCUUUUCAUUUGCCACAAUUCGACAAUCUUUCCCAAUCACCCGCAACCCAAAAUCUACAGUCAAAUUGUAUGCCUAGUCGAAAGAGAACCCACGAUGAUCAAAUGUCAACUUCACAAGAGGAGCAUGCAUUAUUGGGAAAGAACUAUUCUGGAGAUACAUCAAAUAUGUCAAUUAGGGGCUGGGAGGAUGAUGUUUUCAUUAUUUCAACCUCCGAUAACGUCGGAUCUACAUGGUCGGAUCCCAAUUUAAGUGUUUCAAUCGAUAAUAAGAAGGGGAGAACUAACCUUUUCGGCAAUAUCCGGGGAAUCAACAGUAGCAAUGACGCGUUUGACAAUAACAAUGGGAGAAUCAACGGCAUCAACAAUCUGGGACGAAAAGAGGCGCGAAGCGAAAGAGGCGCGCGAUGGAACAAGUCCGUUCGAUUCUGGACGGUGACGAUAACGGAAUCUGGACGGCGACGGAAUCAGGCGGUUCGCGGAAUCGGGACGGCGACGAUGACGGAAUCUGGACGGCUACAGAAUCAGGCGCGCGGUUUGCGGAUGUCGGAUCAGUGCCAGAAGUGA